CUCCCUGCAUAUGUGUAUAUAUACCACACCGACCCAGCUCUGCAUAUUAUAUACAUUCAGAUCAUCAAAUUACUUCGCCUAUCUAUCUAUAUAUCUAUCCAUCAAUGAUGAAGACCCUUUCACUCAUGAUCUCCGGCCUUGCCUUGGCCUCCUUUUUUCUCUUUGGUGCUCAAUCCGCUAGAAUAACUUUCACAAACAACUGUCCCAAUACAAUCUGGCCGGGUACCCUAACUGCUGAUCAGAAACCUCAACUAUCAACAACCGGAUUUGAGUUAGCAUCCAAAGCAUCCACAUCACUGGAUGCCCAAGCUCCCUGGAAAGGCCGUUUUUGGGCACGAACUGGUUGCACCACGGAUGCCUCAGGAAGGUUCUCUUGCGCUACUGCGGAUUGCGCCUCCGGACAGGUUACAUGCAAUGGCAAUGGUGCAGUCCCGCCGGCAUCUUUGGUAGAAAUCAACAUAGUAGAGAAUGGUGGGCAAGACUUUUAUGAUGUCAGCCUUGUCGAUGGCUUCAACCUGCCUGUUUCAGUGAGCACAGAAGGAGGGAGCGGUGAAUGCAAGACCUCGAGUUGCCCAGCCGAUGUGAACGCGGCUUGCCCGGCAGAGCUACAAGUGAAAGCCGCAGAUGGGAGCGUGAUCGCAUGCAAGAGCGCAUGCACAGCGUUCAAUCAGCCACAAUACUGCUGCACUGGCAACUUCAGUACCCCAGCAACAUGUCCUCCCACGAACUAUUCAAUGAUCUUCGAGAACCAAUGCCCUCAAGCUUAUAGCUAUGCUUAUGAUGAUGUGAAUAGCACCUUUACCUGCUCUGGUGCGCCUAAUUACGUUAUCACUUUCUGCCCUUCAAGUUGAUCAUGAGAUGAGAACAAGAAUUAUGCAUGCAUGCAUAUUGCAUGCGUUCUGAGCUUCUCUUUAUAAUAGUUAUAAUAAUAAUUGACUAUGUAACAGAUAAUAAUGAAUUUCAUUACUACAUAUAGAAAAUUCAUAAAUAAAUGGGCAAAUUAUAUAAA